AUGAAGUUUAUGAAGUUGGGUUCCAAGCCUGAUUCUCUUCAUGCUGAAGGAAAGUCUAUCAGGUAUGUGUCGUCUGAAUUGGCAACAGAUGUUACCAUUAAUGUUGGUGAAGUGAAGUUUUACCUUCACAAGUUCCCUCUACUGUCUAAGAGCAGCCGCCUCCAGAAAUUGGUAUCACAAGCUAAUGAAGAGAAUUCUGAUGAUAUUUACUUGGAUGAUUUCCCCGGAGGGCCUAAGGCCUUUGAAAUAUGUGCAAAAUUCUGUUAUGGAAUGACUGUAACUCUCAAUGCUUACAACGUUGUAGCUGCUCGUUGUGCUGCUGAGUACCUUAAGAUGACUGAGGACGUUGAUAGAGGAAACUUAGUUUUAAAGAUUGAGGUGUUUCUCAACUCAAGUAUCUUGCGUCGCUGGAAGGAUUCUAUAAUUGUUCUCCAAACUUCUAAAUCUCUUCUUCCAUGGUCUGAGGAUCUAAAGAUCACUGGAAGAUGCAUAGAUUCCAUAGCUUCGAAAACUAGUGUAGACCCUGCAUACAUCACUUGGUCUUACACUUAUAAUAGGAAGCUAACUGAACCAGAUAAAAUUGUUGAGGACAAGUUGUCGUUUCUAGAGAAAAUUGAGUCUGUUCCUAAGGAUUGGUGGGUUGAAGAUAUAUGUGAGCUGGACAUUGAUCUUUACAAACGAGUAAUGGUUGCCGUGAAAUCAAAGGGAAGAAUGGAUGGAGUAGUGAUUGCAGAGGCUCUUAAAACCUAUGCAUUAAGAUGGAUACCUGAUUCUGUUGAUGCAUUGGUUUCUGAUGCCAAUGCAUCAAGGAACAAAUCUGUGGUAGAGACAAUAGUCUGUUUAUUGCCAUGUGAUAAUGUCGUGGGUUGUUUGUGUAGUUUCUUGCUGAAGCUUUUGAGAGUGGCCAUACUAGUUGGAGCAUGUGAGUCAUCGAGAGAAGAAUUGAUGAAGAGCAUUAGCCUAAAAUUGCAUGAAGCUUGUGUCAAAGAUUUAUUGAUUCCAGCAAGGUCUCCCCAGAUUACCACAUAUGAUGUUCAUUUGGUACAAGGUCUUCUGAAUCGAUACAUGGAUCAUGAGAUGGGAGGCUGCAGUGUAGAGGUUGCUGAGGACAAAGAUAGAGGAAAAGAAAAGUAUAUUUUGGCACAUAGAUCCUUGUUGAAUGUUGGCAAGUUGGUGGAUGGUUAUCUUGGAGAAAUUGCGCAUGAUCCUAAUCUCAGUCUCUCUAGUUUUGUUGAUUUGUCACAAUCAAUUCCAAGUUUUGCAAGAUCAGAUCACAACGGUCUGUACAGAGCUAUUGACAUCUAUUUGAAGGAGCACCCAGACUUGACAAAAGCUGAAAGGAAGAAACUAUGUGGACUAAUGGAUGUUCGGAAAUUGACAGUAGAUGCUUCCAUGCAUGCUGCACAGAAUGAACGCCUUCCUCUUCGAGUUGUAGUACAAGUUCUCUUCUUUGAUCAGGUCAGAGGUUCUGCCAGUUUUCAUGCACUUGGUAACAACAAUUCACUUGAUCAUCCUUCACACACACUGAUGAAUGGAGAUGUGGAAUGUGAGAAAACAGUGGAAGAUAGCUGCCAAUCCCUGAAGAACCAUAUGAGUCAUUUGAGGAUUAAAGAUGAAGGGUUGCAUAAAAAUGGGAAACUGAGUAAGAAGAAUAACAAAAACAGCAAAAGUGGCAUUCAGUUGCUGCCGUCCCGAUCGAGGAGAAUCUUUGAUAAGCUAUGGAGUAUGAGAAAAGGACAAGGAGAGAAUAGGAGCUCCGAAACUUCAGCAAGUUCUGGUAGCCCAUCUUCUUUUGGCCAUGGAGAUGGCAAAUCAUCUAGUUUAUCUUUGAGACACCAGAGGCAUUCUAUCUCUUAA